AGGAAGAACCCAAACCAAUCAGUGGAAAGUAGAACGAGUAACGACGCAUGGAUACCAACAAACAAGAGGCAGCACUUCACUUCUUCUGCAGUCCAAUCUGUGAGAGAGUGAGAGAGAGGAGUGUGUGGUGCUGGCAACUGGCAACAAAUCAACAAUAAUUGCUGUGUCUUUGCUUUCCAAAUUCCAAUCUUCCUUUACUAAACAUGAUUCUAUUUCAACAUUCUUCUGGUCAAUACCUGUAAUACUGAAUUAUUAUAAUCAGUAGUAAUAAUCAUAAAUCAAAGAUAGAUAGAGAGAGGAGAGAGGGAAAAGAAAAGAAAAGAAAAAGAAAAAGGAAAUGCGAAAAACGUUAUAAAAAGUAACCAAAAAAGAAAGGAAGAAAAAAAAGCAAAGGGGACAGAAGGUUCGGUUCAACAUUUGCUGUCAUACCUUAUUGCCAGCUACCUCUCUCUCACACUUCUUCUCCUUCAACGCUCUUCAUUACAUAGUCCUUUCCUUAUUCUCUCAAUUGGCAUAUUUGGUGUGAGACGAAAGCAAGCAUCCUUUGCUGGUUUAAGCAAUUCUUUCUUCUUUUUUUUUUCUUUUUCUUUUUCAUUCUUUCAAUUGGCGGCUGAAAUAGGAAAUUUACUGAAUUGGCUGUGUAAUCGGCAUUUGUAUCCAAGUAACCAACUAACCAUAACAAAAUAAAGCUAAAAUUGUGAUCUUCUCCUUUUAUAGAUGAGAUGGACAAUUUUCAUUUGCUAAUUGAUUAUCCUGGACUUUGUUGAUGCCAAGUAGAGAUGAGCUUCUUAUUUUUGGUUCUGUUAUUGGGUUGCUUAUGUUCAUUUGUGCUACCUGAUGCUCAAGGAGACGCUCUAUAUGCGUUGAAGCUAUCACUGAAUGCUUCAUCUAACCAGCUUACUGAUUGGAAUGUAAAUCAAGUGAACCCUUGUACUUGGUCGCGUGUUAACUGUGACCAGAGCAACAAUGUCAUUCAAGUUUCUCUAGCAUUAAUGGGACUCACAGGAACCUUGACCCCAAGAAUAGGAGUUCUAAAAAAUCUUACUGCUCUUUCUUUGCAAGGGAAUGCCAUCACAGGAAACAUACCAAAAGAAUUAGGAAAUCUGACAAACUUGGGCAGGUUGGAUUUGGAAAAUAACAGAUUAACUGGCCAAAUACCAUCUUCCCUUGGCAAUCUAAUUAAGCUCCAAUUCUUGACACUAAGUCAAAACAAUCUCAAUGGCACUAUACCAGAGUCACUUGGCAAUCUCCCAAGCUUGAUCAAUGUCAUGUUAGAUUCAAAUGAUCUUAGUGGUGAAAUCCCGGAGCAGUUGUUCAAAGUAACUAAGUACAAUUUCUCUGGAAAUAAAUUGAAUUGUGGCGUGAAUUAUCCUCAUCCUUGUGCAUCUAGUAAUACAGACCAAGGUUCACCACAUAAAGUGAAAGUUGGACUCAUUGUUGGAAUUAUUAUGGGGUUAAUUGUUAUUCUUUUCCUUGUUGGCCUUCUAUACUUUUGGUGCAAAAAUAAACACAAGGGUUACAAGCGUGAAAUUUUUGUUGAUGUUGCAGGUGAAGUUGAUCGACGAAUUCCAUUUGGUCAACUAAAGAGAUUUGCAUGGAGAGAACUACAGAUAGCAACAGACAACUUCAGUGAGAAAAAUGUUUUAGGACAAGGAGGAUUUGGAAAGGUUUACAAAGGUGUUCUUGCUGAUAACACAAAAGUUGCUGUGAAAAGGUUAACUGAUUAUGAAAGCCCUGGGGGAGAUGCAGCUUUCCAGCGUGAAGUUGAAAUGAUAAGUGUAGCUGUUCAUCGGAACCUGUUACGAUUGAUUGGGUUUUGCACAACUCCAACUGAACGCCUGUUAGUUUAUCCCUUCAUGCAAAAUUUGAGUGUCGCCUAUCGUCUACGAGAACUUAAGCCUGGGGAACCUGUUUUAGACUGGCCUACAAGAAAAAGAGUGGCUCUGGGAACAGCUCGUGGCCUUGAAUAUCUUCAUGAGCAUUGCAAUCCCAAAAUUAUUCAUCGAGAUGUGAAGGCAGCUAAUGUAUUACUUGAUGAAGAUUUUGAGGCAGUUGUUGGCGACUUUGGUUUGGCAAAGUUAGUUGAUGUCCGCAAGACUAAUGUGACAACUCAAGUUCGUGGGACAAUGGGACAUAUAGCUCCUGAAUACUUGUCCACUGGAAAGUCGUCAGAGAGGACUGAUGUUUUUGGCUAUGGGAUUAUGCUUUUGGAGCUGGUUACAGGUCAAAGAGCAAUUGACUUCUCACGAUUGGAAGAGGAAGACGAUGUGCUGUUGCUUGACCAUGUUAAGAAAUUAGAACGGGAGAAGAGACUAGAUGCUAUUGUUGACCGCAACCUAAAUAAAAAUUACAAUAUACAAGAGGUAGAAAUGAUGAUACAAGUUGCAUUGCUCUGCACACAAGCAACACCAGAGGAUCGGCCAUUGAUGUCCGAGGUUGUAAGAAUGCUAGAAGGAGAAGGUUUGGCUGAAAGGUGGGAGGAAUGGCAGCAUGUGGAAGUCAAUCGGAGGCAAGAAUAUGAGAGAUUACAAAGAAGAUUCGACUGGGGUGAAGAUUCAGUCUACAAUCAAGAUGCCAUUGAGUUGUCUGGUGGGAGAUAAAAUCCAUAAACUGAACCAGUUAUGUUGUAUCAAUAUAUACCUUUUUUGGUAGGUUAGCUCAAAAAGAUGUGUUGUUAUUGCUCUAAAGCUGUUAAGAAGUUAAAAGGAAGUAACUAUUUAUGCAUUUUCCUAUGAUGCUUGUGGACUGAGGUUUCAUAAAAAAGAAAUCCAUUUAGAAAACUUGAUAGUUUUAAGGUUGGUGAUUUUCUGUGAAUCCCAAAAUCUUCCUAGUGCAGUAGCGGCUUUUGCUUGUAGAUUGACUCAGAAUUCAGAACCUCCGUCAAGAGCUGAUGCUUCAGUAGCCUCCAACCUUAAGGCUCCAUAUUAGCUGCGAAGUGGUGUAAAUUUUUUAGCUUAGUUUUUUUUGGAACAAUAACAUUGUUUGGCUGUAUUUCUUAAAGGCCAAAUUUCUGCAUGAAUUGGUUCCAUUUGCAAUUUAUUAAUGGAUCUAUUUUACUUUAUUGUAA